CACGACAUUGUCUUGUGCACAGACCGUGUCCUCGCUUGGAACUCCUAGCCGUUUGGCUUUCUCACACUCAAACCCACCUGACGAUUGUGAAAGACUUUGCUCCGCCUGUACUACUAAAGUCUGGGAAUACAAGUCUACUAUCCAGGAACGUCUGUACUUCGCUAGUGACUAUGGAAACUGCCGGGUUCUCGUACUACAACACCGCCGCUCUGUGCUCGGCACAGCACUGUAACUGCCACAAGCAGACGACAAAGGCUUCGGGAAUGCCCGCCCAGCCCCCAGUCUGGCGUCCGUGGAUCGUGACAGAACGCGACAUCCUCAGGCGUAACGCCAUCAGGGAGCGACGAAGCAAGCCUUACGCUCGUCCUUCAUCCACCAACAACGGCUCUGACACACGCGGUCCCGAGCCUGGUCUACCGUCCUUCCAGCACCCUGUCAAGCUCCACUGGUCUAAGCCCGUGUACGACUACAUGUACCAGUACGGCCGGCAGCUCCUGGACGCCUUCCCCGUUCAGGCCACCAUCUGUAUCGUAGACCAGGACCCCGCCGAGAGCGACGACAGCGACUUCGAGUCAGACUACGAAGACGACUCCGACACCGGCGACAAGCCGCUCAAGAGGAACGCACCGACCCUGAACUAGAGACGUUUGGUCAAGCAGAGAAAUAUGAACACUUCUAUGUAUAAGUCUACAUCAAGCUGUUUGGUGUUAGCUUUGUUCCAACUGUUGUGAAUUGUAUGUUCUGUGAGCACAGACGAUGGUCCAGUCUCAGUGUCAUACUAUCACACUGUCGUAAAGUCUUACCAAAUGUUUAUAUGACUGUAAAUAUUGUAAAUAUUUGUAUAUAUAUCACAGAUUAUGAAAGAGCUCUAUUUUUAUACUUGAGAGAUGAAUUUUAAUGAUAUUGUUGUGUAUUUAUACCCUCGUUGUUUUCCUUUUUGUUUCCGCACAAGUUCAGUAUUGUUUUGUUAUUCCGCAAAGUGUUAUAUAUCGUAUACACGGUAUUUAUUCCUACUACGUGCAGACAAGUUAUAAGAAUAAAGUU